AUGCUGAGGAUAGGCGGUAGAAGUAGAGCUUUGCUCUUCGGCAACCCCAAUUGCACCUCAUUGUUGCAAUCGCGCCUGCUUUCAACCACAACCUCUCGCCUCUCCAACACCGCUGAACUCCAAAAGCCGCUUGCUUUUGCAUUCGAUAUUGAUGGCGUUCUCAAGGCAGGUCCAAAUGUCCUACCUGAAGCCAAACGAGCACUCCAAAUCCUGGAAGGCAACAAUCCUCGCAAUCAAAAGAUUCCAUACAUCUUCAUCACCAAUGGUGGAGGCAAGCACGAGUCGGCUCGUGCCAAGGACCUCGCAAGCGACUUUGAAGUACCAGUCACUCAGGAUCAGAUCAUCCAAGCUCACACUGUCAUGAAGUCGCUCGUUCCGCUAUAUGCUGACAAGCCCAUCCUCAUGGUCGGGGGCCCGGAGACACCACCGAACGCUGCGAGAGAAGUGAUGCAAAGCUAUGGAUUCAACAACGUAUACACCACCCUCGAUCUGCACGCCCACAAGCCAGCAGCUUGGCCCUUUUCCACCGUGCAUCCAGACCAGCUUCCAUACCUUCGAAAGGAUGACUUUGCCAAGAUCCAGUUCACCGCCAUUCUUGUCUUCCACGACAGCAGAGAAUGGGGCCGAGAUACACAAUUGAUCAUCGACAUCCUCAGAUCGCACAAUGGCGUCUUCGGUACAGAGCAUCCGCCAACAGAGCCUUUGCCGGAGAAGCAGAUCCCGAUCUACUUUUCCCAUGGAGAUUUGCUAUGGGGCAACGACCACAGCGUAGUCAGAUUCGGCCAAGGCGCUUUCAGACUCGCUAUUGAAAACCACACAACCGGCCGCGAAAUGCAUUCUACAGUUUUUGGCAAGCCAAAUCGCAUCACCUACGACUACGCUAACGAGCUGCUUCGCCAACACCUCAUCAACACUGCGCCCUCCUCCACCACUGCCGAAAGAGCCAAGCUCUUCGGUCCCUCCGUCUGGAUGGUCGGCGACAACACCGAAAGCGACAUUAAGGGCGCUGUUGACUUUGGAUGGUCCUCGGCCCUUGUUCGUACAGGAGUGUACAAGGAUCAUAAGGGGCCACCAAACUACAAGCCUACCAUCUUGGUAGACAAUGUGGAACAGGCUGUCAUUCAAGCCAUCCAACGCGAGUGGAAGCUUCAGUAG